CUCUUUCUAUGUAACUGACAUAUUCGGCAUGUGCUCUCUGCUCUUCUUGUUUUUUUCUCUCUUUUUUUCAAUAUUAAUCCCUUUUCUUUCACCAAAAGUCAAGACAUAAAUUAAUUUAAUUAAUUAAAUCCGAAUUUCACCCCACCCCCACUCCUCAUCACCGUACAAAAACCAUUCUUCUGUCAUAAACAUGUCAAAUACAAGUAAUUUUUAUUCCACUUACAUAAAGCUAAGGUUCUUCACUAAACUCAAGCGGUUCCUUCGGAUUAAGGCUAAAUCUAAGGAACCGUCUGAUCAUCAGCCAACUAAGGAGUCAGAGAUUUUUAUUGUGAUUGAAGAAAAGGGUAUAAUGGGAAAAGAGAGUGAUAAAGAUAAUGGAUGGAUGAGUUUGCAAAAAUCUGUGAAGAAACUUCACUUUGGGAACUGCGAUGAAAAAGAGGUGGCGGUGAAAGAGAUAAUAGAGUUGGCUAAAGAGGAUUUGAAGAGGCGGAAAUUCAUGGCGGAGCUCGGUCUGAUUCCGCCGCUUGUUGCCAUGGUUGUUGGUGGCUCUGAUCAGGCGGUGUUGCGGCGGCAGAGAUUAGCGGUGCAGGCACUGACCGAACUUGCUAAUGGCUCUUUCACUAACAAGGCUCUGAUGGUAGAAGCAGGAAUCUUAUCAAAAUUACCUAAAAAAACAGACAACUUAGAUGGAAACACAAGGCAAGAAUUUGCGGAAUUGAUCUUGUCUAUAUCAUUAUUAGCCAACACACAAUUCAAUAUGGAUUCCUCAAGAAUUAUUCCAUUUGUAGUCAGCAUUCUUGAUUCAUCAAAUUCAAGUGUUGAAACUAAAUGUACAUGUCUAGGAACAUUGUACAACAUAUCUUCUGUGUUGGAAAAUUCCGCCAGUAUGGCGACUAAUGGAACAGUGACCACAUUAUUGAGGUUGUCUUCAUUAAAGGAAGUAUCAGAGAAAGCACUAGCCACAUUAGGGAAUCUUGUGGUUACCCUAAUGGGAAAGAAGGCGAUGGAGGAAAGCCCGAUGAUGCCCGAGAGCUUAAUGGAGAUAAUGACAUGGGAAGAACAACCGAAAUGUCAAGAGUUAUCGGUAUACAUUUUGAUGAUUUUGGCUCACCAAAGUUCAAUUCAAAGAGAGAAAAUGUCCAAGGCUGGUAUUGUUCCAGUACUUCUUGAAGUGGCAUUGUUAGGUAGUUCUUUGGCUCAAAAAAGGGCACUGAAAUUGUUACAAUGGUUUAAAGAUGAGAGGCAGAUCAAAAUGGGGCCUCAUUCAGGGCCACAAGUAGGAAGAAUGCCAAUUGAUUCAUCACCAAUGAGUCCAAGAGCUGUUGAUGAAAGCAAGAAACUGAUGAAGAAAAUUGUGAAACAAAGCCUUUAUAAGAAUAUGGAAACAAUUACUAGUAGAGCCAAUGGGGGUGGUGAUUCUUCAAGGUUUAAGUCCUUGGUUGUUAGCUCAAGUUCUAAGAGUUUGCCUUACUAGGAAUAUGGAAAUUUUUAAGCAUUUAAUUUAAUUGACCUCAUGAUCUUGCACUACUUGUGCAAUGUUCUAUAUGAAUUGUUCAUUUCUUUUGUAUCAUAUGAAAAUAUUUAUCAUCA